CUAUAAAUAGUAGAGCUAAGUUAAUUUGUGUCUUGGUCCAGCACAGGACGAACUGCGCAGCUGCUAGCAGGGUUGUCAGUCCUUUAGUUCAUGCAGAGUUUCCUUUCACAUUUUCCUAACUGUUUCAGUCGCUUCCUAGCCUCCGUCUCUCUCGCACAGCUUGUCAACUCUGCGCAGCAACAGUUUCCCUGGCUUGUUUGCUGAUAGCAGUUGCAUUCAUUAUCCUUGCCUGCCUGAGCAUGUCCGUCAGCAAAUCGAGCUCCACGUCGCAGUUAUUAUCAACUGCCACGCCCACCAAGUUCCGCCUGCGUUUCCUGUGCCUGUGCGGUCUGCUCAUCUCAAUAUAUACGCUAUAUGUGAAAGUCCAGCUGGACCACGAUGCCAACUACAAGGCCAUGUGCGACUUGGCCGAGCAAGUGAGCUGCACAGCAGUCUUCAAGUCCGACUUUGGUCGUGGCUUCGGCUUGACGCGGCUUGUAUUUGAUGCCAACUCAACUCACUUGCAUCCCUCCAAUGGCUCCAUUGGCAUUGCCUUCUACACGCUGCUCUUUGCGUCCUCCUUCUUUGAGAGGCGGUGGCUCUGCCAACUGCAGCUGCUUUUCGCAGUCCUGACUCUGAUCCUCUGCGUCUACCUGGGCGGACUGCUGCUGCUCGUUCUCAACGAUUGCUGUGUGGUCUGUGUGCUCAUCUAUGGCAUUCACGUGCUGCUCCUCACGGAAGUGUACGGACGCUAUAAACGCCUGUAUCUAAUCAAAAGAUCCAUCGAAUAAAUUUACUUACAUCUUUAAUUUACAAUCUUUAAUUUAAAC